AUGGACCCCCUCUCGAUUACGACCUCGGUCAUCACCUUACUUGGAGCCGCAAGCAAUGUGUAUAAUGCCUUGCAGUCUAUCCGCAAUGCCGACCGAGCAUUGCAAUCAUUAGUCAAGGAAGUCGGUACUCUCAACGGGUACUUGAGGUCCAUUGACAAAGCGUUGGAAGAUUGUCGGGGCAAUGCCUACGCUUUAAGUCAUAUCGACCCAGCUCUCUGGAAAGAGAGCAAAAUUGCACUUUCAGACUGUCAAGAGACAAUAAACGAGCUAGGUCUGGUCUUCAAAGAGCCUAAAAGGCCUUCCCGCUCCAACACGCUCUUCCGCAAAGCAAGAGUUGCGGCUGAAAUGCGAUCUCGCGCAGGCGAUAUCGCCUCAUUUCGAGAAAAGAUCUCUAUGUCAAAUCUGUGUCUCCAGACACUCUUACAAGUCAUCAAUGUCUCUCUUUCCCUCCGGAGCAAUACAUCUCAGGACAAUAUCCUGAAAGAUUUAAAAGAGCUGAAAGAGGCUCUAAAGAAAUCUUCUCAGGCUGCCACAGUUUCCUAUUCCACGUUGUUCCUCAACGAACAAGAUAUUCGUCUAGUUCAUCACUUGAAAGGCUUGAUCCGAGCAGCGCACGAUUUCCAUACCAGCGCCAGCGUGACCGCGAGUACCGUGGCUAAUAGUACGCAACCACCGCCUACUGAUUUCGGAGACGAUGAUGCAAGAUCAGGGAUUUCACCUCAUCUACCGUCUAUGAAGAGAAUGCAAAUCGAGACGUACCUGUCCCAAAACCAACAGAUCGCACGCUCUAUAAGUUCAGUUAGCUCUGUCAGCUCUGUUUCCAGUGUGGAGGACGAAAUGUUACCUUCAAGUCCGGUGAAAGGUCCUGAAGUAGCGGCCGAGACUCGCGAAGUCGGUCCCAAUCACAUGUUUAGUAGUAUUUUUACCAGUGGAUUAACGAAGAUUGCUCAGAAAGCUCUGCAGCAACUUGAUCUGGAGAAGGCAGAGGGUCUCCUCAAAGAAGCUUUGAAGUGGCACAGCUCCUCCGGAUCAGAUGAUAUACAUCACCAACAACGCCUGCAAACUCAGCUUGCCUUAUGCACUCUUCUUCAGGGCAAUAUCCAAGAAGCGCAGAACUUGAUCCGAGACCUAAGUGAUGCCAGUCCUGAGCAAGACGACGUCGCACAUCAGCUUCUCUAUGCUUUGGCAUUGCUACAAUUGCACGAGUUAGACUUUGAAGGAGCGAGGGAGAAUAGUACACGGCUCUGGGAAGCUCUUCAAAAGACACCACAUUGUGCAUCUCUAGAAGCAAAUGACGCAAUGAAAGUUCUCGCUACAUCCUAUCAAGAAACAGGACAAAGUCUCCUAGCCGACGCGAUUGAGGCGGAAAUGCCAGAUAUAAGACUCUUCGAGCCUGUUCCUAAGAUGGUAGACUUCCUGGCUGAUUGCAACGAGCUUCUCGUGGCGAUUUUCGGCAUCCAGGACAGCCCGGAACUUUCUAAGUCUCUCUCCGUUGUCCGCAAGAUUCACGAGCUCCCGAUCGCCAAGAAUCUCAGUUCCCUGCAGAUGCGUGAACAGGCAUUGGAAGAGGGGUCUGUCUCAGCUUCCAGGUGCUCUUCGGUUGACGCAGAUGACGAACUAUCUGUGACGGCGGAUGUGGAUCCCGAAAAUGACCAGCCAAAAGCAAAGAAAAGGUCCUGGUCAAACCUGCGAGCCUUAUUCAGACCUCGUUUGGCAGACUUGUAUCCCUUAAACACCGGGGCUCAGGAGUCCACAUUCAAGCUCAAACGAAUGGUGAAGGUUUCGGGCUCUGGGCUGACAUCACCUCGGGAGUCGAGCUUCGACCAUGAUGCCUCGACUGCAAGCUUGCAUAUACUGAUGGUGCCGAAAGAAAACUCUUUGAAAAAGAAGAGUGCAACUGUGCCAACGAAGCAUGAUCUAGAGAGCGACUCUCGCACGAAAGAAUGGGUUGCUGGACAAGCCAGCAACAAUCCAACAGACACAUCGACAGGAAGCCAGAAUAGCCAGGAACAAGAACAACUGCAACGCCAAUUUAGUUUCCACGAGGGUGUACCUGAUUUCCUGCCUGAGAACACAUCAGCUGCAACUCCAAUUCCUUGCUACGAGAUGCCUAAUGAUGCAGUCAUCUUCGAAUUGAUGGACACAUCGUCUAAUGCCAAACUGUCAAUCGAAGCACACGAAAAUGACACCCAGGGAAAUCACAAGAAAAAACCGAAACAACGAUAUAGGAUGCCUAAGAUUGACAUAUUCGAUAAUAGUACUAGCCUAUCAUCGCUAUACCUACCUGGUGAUUCUGUACAAAUUCCGGGUGUCGAUAUUCAGAAAGAUAUGCCGGAACAUAUUGAUGAAAGUCGAAUCGGCUUAGCCGUAACGACCGCCACAUCGCUAGAAAUGGAAAACGACAUCUAUGACCUCCUCGGCUAUGGCAAAGCGGUUUCUACGAUAGCUGAGCAGACUUCCCCGGCCAGCAGUGAUCCGCCAGAGCAUUUCGACAGCUCCUCGGGAUCAGACACAGAGACCUCAUCUGUCUUCGACAUAGUAAAACCAUCAGGUCGCCACGCCACUUUCGAUUCAUUCAUCCUAUCCGACGGGCCAGAUCUGGACAGCGAUAUUGGCGAAAACUUUCCAAUUCGAUGCCUCAAGCCAAGAACAAGUGUAACAGAGACGGAGACGUCUGCCAAAGACACGACUAAUCAGACCAACGAACCAGAACAACAACCCCUAGACCCUCUACUGCUAGAUGCACCGAGCGACGAAGCGACCACCGACACGACCGAUUUAGAAAGCCUGGAGUCCCAAACGCGGAGUCGCCGGGAAUUCGGCCCAGCAGUAGCAAGGCUCUGUCGGUACAAAUCCCCUCGCAAAACCGUGUUCAGGAAACGACUACCGGGGAGCGCAGCGGCGGGACUACGCAAGCUCUUCCGCAUCAACACGGCGCUUUACACUGGUCCCGAUGCCAUCGAGGGCCCGUUCACGGAGAUAGGAGGGAUAGGUUCCGAGGAGGUCUGCGACUUUGCGCCUCAUGACGUACCAUCUUCAUCCCUCGAGAAUCUGCCGUCGCCUGCCAAGCUAUGUUCGCAAAUUUCCGAGGGACCAUCAUCGGGCGACAAAUGCGGUGCUUUAGCGGAUGUCGUUGCGCCACUUGCGUAUAGUGAUGCCAGAGAGCAACCGGGAAGUCGGCAUAAUAGUCUGACAAGGACUCAUAUAGAUGAAUUCUUGGGAGUGUCACGGGAGCAUUGCCCCUUUCGAACUGGCUAG